AUGGCUUUUGGAUUGACGAAACGAAAAGCUGCCUUACUCCUCUUCCAUGGCGCACCUGUACUCUUGCUCCAUUGUUGGGACUACAUCUCGCAGCAGUUGACAGUGGCCGACAGUGAGUGGAGUCGGGACCUUGACGUCUUUGAGCUGUUCAGUGGACAUGGGGAGCUGGGACGACAGUGUCGUGACGCCGGGUUUGACGUGCGCACCUCUGACAUCACCAAGGGUAAACUCCACGACAUCAUGACUCCUGAAGGGUUCAUGCUGGUGCUCAAGGGUGUGCUGCGGCUACGUUACAAUGGUCAGCUGUGGCUAGGGGUUCCUUGCAACAGUUGGGUAUUUAUGUCUUCAUCGACAACCAAAAGGACAAGUUCUAACCAUGGGAUCAUGGGUGACGAGGGUGUGGAGUCUGUGGCUUCUGGCAAUAUUAUUGCAGCUCGGGUGGCGCUUUUGUGCAUGGUGGCGGUGAUUCGAAACUGCUACUGGUGUGCUGAGCAGCCAUCCAGCUCGUGCUUGAAGGAGUGCCCAUAUAUCAGUCACGUGCUAACAUCAGUGGGCCCAAACUUCAUGAAACGCACGUGGAUGGGAGCAUAUGGGCACUGGGCAGCAAAGCCGAGCCAACUCUGGGGUUCCUGGUGGCUUGGAUGUUGA